CAUAACGCAGCUUUGAGAUAUUGGCACUAACUAACAUCUGACGAGGACAGUCGAUAUAUUUUUGUCGUCAGGCUUUGUACCGUAUAGUGGCUCCUCCUCACUAAUAAACGCUCUUUGGUUGGCGUCAGUUCCUGCAUGGGCUAACAGGAGAUAACAGCCUAUUUACGCAACCUCGGUAGCGCACCAUACCGACGAGACUUCAUUGUGAUAUGUCAUAAAAUAUCCUAAACUGAGAUGAUAGCUACGCUUGCUUUUUUGUGAUUUUUUCCCCCCCGAAAGACACGUCAGCAUUACUCUGUACGAUGCUAGCAGUUGGUAGCUUGUCCGCUAGCUGUUGUUAGCCUGAAUCGCUAGCUUAAAGAGCAGCUUAUUUCCCACCACUGGACACUUAACACUCCGGGUGUCAUGGCGGACGGCAUCAUGAGCAAAGCCGCCACCAUGGAGAUCCCCAUCAGCAGCAACGGUGACACAAGAACACUACCUGAAGAUGAUGGCCUAGAACAGGCUGCUAAGCUGCAGCGGCAUUUACAUGAGAAGGUAGGAAGCUGCAGAGGCGCCAGGGACCUGCAGCAGGUGAUGGUGUCAGGUCCAAACCUCAACGAGACCAGCAUCGUGUCUGGGGGUUACGGAGGCACGGCAGAGGGAAUCAUCCCCACCGGCUCCAUCAAAGGGCCUGCUGUGUGCUACAACACUGCCUUUAACAAACAGAUCCCCGUUACAGGAAUAGGCCCAAGCAUGCAUCACAGCAGCAGCAGCUCCUCCAUGGCAGCGGAGGACACCAGCCGAGGUGUGGCGGCGGACAAGCUGGAAAAUGUCAAGAAGUGGGGUCUGAGCACCUACAAGUGCACCAAGCAAAUGAUCUCUGAGCGUUUUGGCCGCGGAUCCCGGACCGUUGACCUGGAGCUGGAAGCCCAGAUCGAGCUGCUGAGAGACACCAAGUCUAAAUACGAGAAUGUGCUGCGACUGGCCCGAGCACUGACCAACCACUUUUACAACAUGGUCCAGACACAGCACUCCCUAGGAGACACCUUUGCCGACCUCAGCCAGAAGUCUCCUGAACUGCGGGACGAGUUCGGCUACAACGCGGAGACCCAAAAGCUUCUUUGUAAGAACGGCGAGACUCUGCUGGGCGCCAUCAACUUCUUUGUAUCCAGCAUCAACACGCUGGUCAACAAGACCAUGGAGGACACCCUCAUGACCAUCAAGAUGUAUGAAAAUGCCAGGUUGGAGUACGAUGCCUAUCGGUCGGACCUGGAGGAGCUGAGUUUGGGUCCCAGGGAUGCGGCAGCCGUGGCCCGCUUAGACACGGCGCAGCAACAGUACCAAGUCCAGAAGGACAGGUACGAACGACUCCGCUCAGAUGUCACCAUCAAACUCAAGUUCCUGGAGGAGAACAAGGUGAAGGUGAUGCACAAGCAGCUGCUGCUCUUCCACAACGCCAUCUCCGCCUACUUUGCUGGUAACCAGCAGCAGCUGGCGCAGACGCUCCAGCAGUUCAACAUCAAGCUGAAGCCGCCAGGGGCUGACAAGCCAUCUUGGCUGGAGGAGCAGUGAGUAGGGAAGGGGCGCCUCCCCCACCCGCCCCACCAGCACCUGAUGUUACCUGCCGACGGGUGGAGACGCAGGUGGGAACACUGAUGAAUUGUAUUUGAGGAACAAAGCAAAACCAAGUGGCCAGUUUCUGGAACAUUCCAAGGGGGGCGGGGGUGUUCAGUGCCUCUGUCCAAGGUUCAGUAGUGUGGCAGCCCAUCCAGAUGUUAGUCGUGGUUGCUGGACUCCUGCUGUGCUCUGACGCUAUCAAACACUACAAGAGUGCCACCUAGUGGUGCUCCAGUCAAAAUGGAGGACUGCUAUGACAGCUUUUUUUUUAUAAUACACCACACUGGAAAGGAAUGUCGAAAGAAUUUCAUAUUAAUGUAUGUGGAAAAUUACUUUGAAACACAAGAUUGUGUUUUUUACAUGUGUAAUAUUUAUAUUAGCUUUGAGGUUUAACACAAAUUAGUCUUUUUUUUUCUCCUUUGUCGAUUGAUCACAAACAAGUAACAUACUAUUAUGAUCAGCUUUUUUUGAAUUCUGUUAAAGUUUGUGCAUCGUUUUGAGAACAAUGCACAGACUAAAUCAGGAGUAUAAGUAAAGUUCAAGUAGGAGUAUAAAAAAUCCAGUGUAUCUCACAUCAGGCUGCAUUUAGAGUGUUAAUGUGUUCUUCCAGCUUUUCCUUGCAGCGAUUCCAAUCUUGGACAGUGAAGUGUGUAAAGCUGCACUAUUCAUUGAAUUGAUGCAAUGCAAUGGUGAAUGGUCACCCACCAGUGUGUUUAUUUUUCUAUUUUGUGCAUUCAAAUACAAAGGUGACGUCAAAAGUGUCAUUUUUAUGAAGGCUGAGAAAGGAUACAACUGCAGGUGGGACCUCCACCAAGCGGCAAUAUCAUCCAUCCAAAUGUGACCUCCACUUCCUCUUCUUCAUCCGCUACGCCUCCAGACCGCUGGUAUGAAAGGCAAUAGAAAGUUUUUUUCCGCUCUGCUCGUACAAAGCUGUAAAUUAUUCACCUGAAGAUUUAUGAAAUAAAAAUGCUAUUUGUGUACAGUCAA